AUGGUCUACAACAUGGGAGGCACAGAAAAAGCUAGUGCUGAACCAGUGUUUGGUUCUGCUGGGUUUGAUGAGUGUUCACCUCAUAAGAUGAAGGCUGCACUUGAUAUAAUUGAGGAAUCGGAGGCACAACUGUGGUGGGCAGGAAAGGAGUUCAAAAAAAACAAUCGACUUUCUGACUACGUGGGCAAAAAUGAAAAAACUAAAAUUAUUGUCAAGAUACAAAAAAAAGGACAAGGAGCUCCAGCCCGUGAGCCUGUCAUCAGUGGUGAAGACCACAAACAGAUGAUUCUCUAUUAUCACAGAAGGCAAGAGGAGUUGAAGAAAUUAGAAGAAAAUGAUGAUGAUUCAUUUUUAGAUUCUGAAUGGGCUGACAGUCAUGCCUUGAAAAGACAUUUUCAUGGUGUAAAGGACAUUAAGUGGCGACCAAGAUGAAAUUGUUGAUACAGGAUUUUUUUUCUUUACCAGAUAGAUUGACCUACUGAGUUUUACAAUAACAUGGAUACAAAACUGCUCAAUAUAAUUUGUGUGAAAUGCUAAACUUUAUUCUGUAGAAGAGAUUUAUUAUUAUGUUUGAAUAGAAACUACUUUCAUCUUGAUAGAAAUAUUUUCCCUUUACACAUACAAAAGUAUGGUUUGUCAUGUGUUUUGUGCAAAUGCUUUAAUAAAUUGAGAGUUCAAAUGUCUACCUCUAGUACUAUUUCACUAAUGGGAUAAUAUAUUAUUAAACAUAUUAAAUUUG